CCUCUCCCCUCCUGCUUCGUUUGUUGUUAUGGUGUCCUUAAACACACCGCUGAAAAUCGCACAAAAUCAGGAAAUUUGCAGCUGCUGGACGGACUGUCGCUGCUGAGGAAUCUCGAAACGCCGGGUAGGCUGCUGCUGCUGGAGGGUUGAAAACGCGUGUAACGAAAAGCCGACAACGAGGACAACAUGAGUCAACAGUACGUGAGUCCGCUUUCGAUAGCGGUCAUCUGUUCGUCCAACAUGAACCGCUCGAUGGAGGCACACGCCUACCUGGCCAAGAACCGGUUCAAGGUGCGAUCGUUCGGUACGGGCGAUAAGGUGAAGCUGCCCGGUACGGCCGCCGAUCGUCCGAACGUGUACGAGUUCGGUACCCCAUACGAGGACAUCUUUAAUGAUCUGGCCAACAAGGACAAACACUACUACAAUCAGAACGGAUUGCUUCACCUGCUCGAGCGCAAUCGAUUGAUAAAACCGUGCCCGGAGAAAUUCCAGCACUGUACGGAACGGUUCGAUGUGCUGGUAACGUGCGAGGAGCGAGUGUACGAUCAGGUGAUCGAGUACAUGGAAUCGAAGACGCCGACCUACAACCUACCGGUGCACGUCAUCAACAUCGACAUACAGGACAACCAGGAAGAGGCAACGUUCGGCGCGUUCCACAUCUGUGAUCUCAUAACGAUGAUGGCACAAAGCAGUGACUUGGACAAUGAUAUCGAUGAGCUGUUGCACCGUUUCGAGGAUAAAUGCCAGCGCAGCGUGCUGCACUGUGUGCUGUUUUACUGAAAAGAGCCUUGGAGUCCGCGUCUUCCGCAGCCAAAAGCACGCCUCAAUCGGAUCGUCUCCGUUGGUUUACUUGCCUGAAUGCGAGUAGAGCGCGGGAUACAGCCACUCCUGUCCCUGGGUUAUCGAUUGCUCCCUCUUUUCUCUUUUAUUUUUAUGCAAUAUUCUUAACAAUCGUGGGUUUUAGCAAGAACGAUUCAACGGCACGAGCUAGCGGUUGGGACGCUACCUGUUCCAGAUCGUUUGCACGGGCGCAGCAAAAACACCGAGACGCAUUGUAAUAUUUAGCUUUAUUACUAUUAUCAUUAUCAUUUAUAUACAGAAAUUAGAACAAUAUCAAAU